CAACUACACACUACCUGAAAGGUAAAGACGAGCAGACCCGGUAGUACUCUACUCUGCGAUGUUACCACGACCCCAAAACCAGCUGCUGUGUAAAAAAAGCAGAGCUUUAUAUAGAAAGUCAUAGAAAUUCAAGCAAACAAGCGCCACCUGUUUUCUUGAUCAGUAAUUUUCAAUAAGAUUAGCUAAAUCAAGGCUUCACGAGAAGAUCGCAAUCCGUUUUUUUCGUCAUUUUUCAUCAAAAAUUCCCAAGGAAAAUAGAGAGAGAGGGAGAGAUAUAGAUACAUACACACUACCACCUUCUUGUUUGUUUCAUUGGUAAUCGUAUUCAUCGUCAUUCAAGGAGAACCUGUUCGAUUUGCGGGAAGGUUAUGGAUUCGAACAGCAAUUUUCAGAAGAAGCUGGUGAAAGGGGAGUUUGGAUAUGUUCUUCAAGACGUGCCUCAUUUCACCGAUUACAUUUCCGAUCUCCCCACUUAUCCAAACCCACUACGAUCAAAUCCUGCUUAUUCCGUUGUCAAGCAGCACUUUGUUGACAUGGAUGAUAGCGUCCCCGAAAAGGUUGUUGUUCACAAGGAUACUCCAAGAGGGGUUUAUUUUGCUUCAGAUGAGGUGCUUGCAUGUAUCGUAACUUGUGGUGGUCUGUGUCCUGGACUAAAUACAGUGAUAAGGGAAAUCGUAUAUAGCCUUGACUAUAUGUAUGGGGUCAACAAAGUCCUUGGAAUCGAUGGAGGUUACCGGGGUUUCUAUUCAAAGAAUACCAUUACUUUAACACCAAAGAUUGUGAAUGACAUACACAAGCGUGGUGGAACCAUAUUGGGAACAUCUCGAGGUGGCCAUGACACCACUAAGAUUGUCGACAGCAUCCAAGACCGUGGAAUUAAUCAGGCAUUAUUACUGGCUCAGGUUUAUAUAAUCGGAGGAGAUGGCACCCAGAAAGGAGCAUCUGUGAUUUAUGAGGAAAUUAGAAAGCGUGGUCUAAAGGUUGCUGUUGCUGGUAUUCCCAAGACAAUUGAUAAUGAUAUCCCGGUUAUUGACAGGUCCUUUGGUUUUGAUACUGCUGUAGAGGAAGCUCAGCGUGCCAUAAAUGCUGCGCAUGUUGAAGCUGAGAGUGCAGAAAACGGGAUUGGUGUGGUGAAACUGAUGGGUCGCUACAGUGGUUUUAUUGCAAUGUAUGCCACGCUGGCUAGCCGGGAUGUGGACUGUUGUCUAAUUCCAGAAUCUCCAUUUUAUUUAGAGGGAAAAGGUGGACUCUUCGAAUAUAUAGAGAAAACACUCAAAGCAAAUGGGCAUAUGGUCAUUGUUAUUGCUGAAGGAGCAGGACAGGAACUUCUUACGGCGAAAAACGAACAAGAUGCUUCGGGAAACAAGCUGCUUCAAGAUGUCGGGUUGUGGAUUUCUCAAAAAAUAAAGGAACAUUUCGCGAAGCAAAAUAAACUCCCAAUCACUCUAAAGUACAUAGAUCCAACUUACAUGAUCCGUGCUAUUCCUAGCAAUGCUGCUGACAAUGUGUAUUGCACUCUCCUUGCUCAAAGUGCUGUCCAUGGUGCAAUGGCAGGGUACACAGGCUUCACAAGUGGGCUUGUCAAUGGCCGUCAAACGUAUAUCCCCUUCUAUCGUAUUACGGAAAAGCAAAACAUGGUUGUAAUAACAGACAGGAUGUGGGCAAGGCUUCUGUCUUCGACCAAUCAACCGAGCUUUCUGGGACCAAAAGCUGGUGAAGAUGAAGUAAUAGAAUGCGACAGUGAGAACCCAGGAACAAAUUUCAAGGUGACCGAUCUGUUAAGAUGCCUCAGCUGCGGGCAAUAAAUUUGUUGUUGAAGUUUUCUUUUAGAACAAAUUGACUCGGUUAUGUUUCUUUUGUAUGUUUUGCCAUUGGUGAUGGGCUCCCCAAGUAUUCUUUUUUCCCGAUAAAUUGCUCUGGUUCAAGGCUUUAUGUGCUGCUUCUUGGCUGGUAUUGUUAGUGUCCAAAUUAAAUAAUUUUCACUCUGCCAAUUGAUAUAAAUUAUAAAGAGUGUAUGUAGGCUUCUAAUAAAACGGUGUUAGACUUGUUUAUGAUGCAAUUUUUAACAUCUUGC